AUGUUUGCAUCGAAUAGCAAUCACCGACUUCUCCCUAGACAAUUAUCGAUACAGUAUCAAGACCGACAAAUUGGCUCUGAAGAUGGCGGAGCCCACCAGCAGCGCGACCAGUCUUACAAGACAUCUAUUGACGCUUUGACAGGGGAGGUUCUCCUUCCAGAUGGCUAUGAGUUGGCUUACUAUACCCUGAGAAGAGCACACGAUGGCCAUUUGCAGUCCUUUUUGCCCGUCAAUACCGGUGCCACAUCAGUUAAAGCUGUACCGAUCGAUGCUCAGCUUCCAGACAUACAGGCCCUAGAAGGUCUACAAGCCAAUCAAGAAGGUCCAGAAUCCGGUUCGCUGUCCGCCAAAGAUUAUUUCUCGGACUGCGUAUCGAAGAAUGGAAGUUCGCAAGCGUUGCGCUACACGGACCACUGCAGCAUGACGAAGAGGGAAGCCGGUAUACAUUGCCGCAGUCGAGCUAGCCGUGAGGUCACGAACGUGGAUGUGGAGGGGGGUGAUGCCCAAGUGGACACGCAUGGUCAAGGGGCCAGGUUUGAGGAACUUAAUGAUGCCUUGUACGUCGAACCAGCAUACAAGCAACUCUGUUCGGCUCUUCAUGAGGAAAAGAACCCAAACUUCUACAUGCGGUGUGCAGGAACCCACACUGGGUCAAGACGGACCACGUAUCGAGACCAAAUUCGUGUUCGGAGCGGAGUAGGCUACCCUGGCGACCUCAACGAAAUCGUGCUAUGA